AUGUGAUUUAUAUUUUGCAUCCACUAUCUCAGUUCGAUCACAAAAGAUUUUAUUCACCACUCGAUCUCCAUCGCAUGUUGAAACCUGCAAAACCAUCUCCUCCAUGAGCAACUGGCAUUUCCCCCAUGAGCAACUGCAGGAAGUUCGGUCAUAUAUCCUCUUCAUAUGUACAAGAUAUCUGAGGCCACACAAUUUCAGAUCACUUUUCUCUCUUCAACUUUACUCUCACUUCCCUAAGACCACCAUCGCAUCAGUCAUCUCUCUCUCUAAAAACCCGACACCAACACGCAAUCGCACAAACGCCACAUCUAAAAAAACCCUAGACAAUCUGCCAUCAACGUCCUCCUCCUUUUCUUCCCCUUAAUCGAAUACCAUCGCAAGCCAUCACCCAUACCCCACUCCAUCUUCAGCCACCUGGGCACCUUCCUCGAGCAUCAGUGCAAUGAAAAACCCUAGCCACCACAAUCUUCAAACUCAUUUACAGGAGACCAUCGCAAUCCAUCACCACUCUGCCAUCGACCACCAAAAUCACGAUUUGGUGGUAGAGAAUCGACAGUUGGUCUACACAUAUACGGUUUCAUUCUACAUCUAGACUCUAUUAAAGGUUUGGAUUGAAUUGUUGUUGAUGCAUUUUAGGCUUCAAAAUAGUUUACUGGUAGAAGAACAAGAAAAAUGGCAAACUGUCCAUUUGAAGGAAUUUCUAUGCUCAUUACCUCAGACCCAUUAAGAAAAGUUUGAGGUGGAAAUGAAGUUCUAUUAUCAGGCAUGCGAAAGCAAGUUGGAAGCUUUGAUUUUUCAUUUCCGAACAGCUGGACAAUAUUCUCAUUUUAUUUUAGGUUCUUAAGAGAUAGAUUAUUGUGUUGGGUUUUGCCGAACGUUUUCUUAUGGUUGUACACGAUUGGAAUUUGGGGCCAAAGUACAUAUGAAGAUGCUACUCUGGACGUAGCAGGCUGCUUCUCUUUUGCAUUGAUGAUGCCAAUGUUAUAAAAGGUGGUCGAAGAUAAUACGAAGGUGAGAAGUCUUGGAAAAGAAGCCUAUGUUGUAGCAACUUUUUCCCAAAGUUGGUUGUUUCAGGUUGUAAAUAUAUAGUGUAUACGAUAUAGAUUAUGUUGAUUCAAUAGUUUUGGGGCUAAAUGCUUAACCAAACUUCUCAUGUAAUAUCAAUAUCUUAAAAAAAUA